GGUGGCAAUGCUCUGAUGGGUACUAUGGAGUUUAAAAAAGACGCCAGUGCAGUAACAAUUGAGAUGCUUCUCAUAGUUCGCCCUCAGAAGAGGAAGACAGUGCAAAGGGUGCAGACAGACAGACAGAUGGAAAUCAGUGCCUCGCACCACAUCCAAGACGCUGGUGAUUGGGGCUAUAUAGAUACUGAAGAAAAGACAGGAAAAGGUUUUCAAAGUGAUGGAAAUGGAAGUGACAGAUCGCAGCAACCCAGAGGGAAUGGCCUUCCUGGCCAGCCAGUUCAGAUGCAGCCUGACGAGCAGGCACCAGUCAUUACUUCCUACACCAACGAAGGAACUCAUGUGACUGUCGAGGUACAUCCUAGAAAUACCACCCCACAGCUGUUCAAGAAAUUCUCCCUUGGGAAAGGAGUCCGCAAGCUGCCCAGUCUGACAGGCCUGGAUAACAAAGGUUUUCAAGAGAACAGGAAGAGCAGAAUGCCCCUGCCUGGUGGAAAAGACCUGCAUGCAUAUCCAUGGGACAAAUCCAGUCUGAAAUCCAUGACAUUAGACCUGCAGCAAUUUGAGAAACUGGAUGCCUAUGCAUCAAAGGUGAGUGUUAAGAACAGCAUAGAGGAAUUGGUGAAAGCCCUGCUCCGAGAAGCCCAGACUGAUCUGGAGAAGGUCAGAGCCGUUUGGAUGUGGAUAUGCCAUCACAUAGAAUACGAUGUUGUGGGCUUCCAUAACAAAGCCCAGCGGUCUUGUGAGCCAAAGGACGUCCUUCGCACUGGGAAGAGCGUUUGUGCAGGGUACGCUGGGCUCUUUCAACAAAUGUGCAGCGUUGCAGGUGUACAGUGCAUGAAGUUAUCAGGAUACUCUAAAGGGUACAGUUACAGACUCGGACAGUCCUUUACAGAGGGUUGUGACCAUGCCUGGAAUGCAGUUUACCUUGAUGGAAGGUGGCAUCUGCUGGACAGCACCUGGGGAAGUGGCUCAGUUGGUGAUUCAUGCAGCAAGUUCACCUUUCAAUAUGAUGAGUUUUAUUUUCUUACGCACCCGGCCCUAUUUAUUAAUGAUCAUUUCCCAGACAACAGCAACUGGCAGCUCCUGAAGCCAGCUCUGACACUGAAAGAGUUUGAGAGCAACAUGUCAUACAAGACUCACUUUUACAAGCUGGGCAUGCUGGCUGCACAUCCAGGCAUGUCCAUCAUCCAAACAGUAAACGGAAAAGCAACUAUUUCUAUUGAGAGUCGUGCUCCACUAUUAUUUACAUUUAGCCUGCAGGGAACUAAGGAACAUGGUUUAAUGACAUUAAAAAAGAAUGGGAUGAGGCUGGAGAUUUAUCCCCAGAAGACUGGGAAUCACAAACUACAGGUCUUUGCCAAGCCCUGCAAAGGCUCAGAGGAUCACUACAACUGUGUGUUAGAAUGCAUCAUAGAGUGCAGCUCUGUGGACAAGAGCAUGCGUUUCCCAAAGGACUUAUAUCAACCUGUUGGACCUAGUUGGUUCACAGAGCGGAAAGGAUUCCUGAGGCCAUCACUCCCUGACCCCAUAAUUCACACCAAUGAUGGGCGGUGUUCCAUCACUUUCACGCUGGGUAAAGAUAUAAGUGUCCUACCCUCACUGCACUGGGAUAACACUAGCUUGACUGAGGAUAUGAGAAGGCGGCACAUCAUGCAAAUCCAUCGAGGAAACCAAAUUGAGUUUAAGAUCCAUCUCCCCCACGCAGGAAAGUUUGUUCUUCAAAUCUAUACCAAGAAGAAGUCAGAUCCAGGCAACUACAAUUACAUCUUCAACUACCUCAUCUCUUGCCCAAACACCGAAGUGAAGUGGCCAGUUUUUCCGCAGAAUUAUAGCAACUGGGCAGAAGGCUAUGAAAUACUGGAGCCACUUGCUGGGCUACUGCCAGCCAAUCGCAAUGUUCAGUUUAAGCUCAAGAUGCAUGGUAUAGCAAAGGCCUUUGUUGAGGCUGAAAACACUUCUCCUCUGACCUUGAGUAAAGAUGGUUACUGGGAGGGAACCUGUAAUACUUCCGGCUGCACAGAGUUGUGUGUCAUGGUGCAAGAGAAUGCCAAUCACAAUUUCUACUCAAACAUCCUGAAAUACAAAGUAGAUACCCAGUAAACCAUUUUCCCAUUCUUUUCAUCAUCAUGCACAAAACAGCAAAAUUUCAACAUGUCCAAAACCCACAUCAUUUUGUGUGCCCAUUAGCUCCCUCCACCAAAUCUAUUAAUCCAACAAAUAUGGAGCAACAUUCAGGUAUCUUUGGAAGAGCUAAUGCAAUACUACAAGAUCAAAACUAGCAAAAAUCUGUAAUUGUUA